AUGUCGAAAAGCCAAACUGCUAAAAGCACGACGACGCCUGAGUCGAUGUUCUCACGCUCGACAGCGGCUCUGACCACGCCCUCUGCGCCAAAACCGAAUGGGAACUAUAGUCAUGUCGUCCGUAGCGGCAACAACCUACAUCUGUGCGGCCUGGUCGGCGAUGAUCCAACAACAGGCAAGAUCAUUCACCAGAAAACCGAAGGCCAAACCAAGCAGAUUAUGCGCAACAUUAGCGCAUGUCUCGAGGCAGCUGGAUCGAAUCUUGACAAGAUCGUUAGUCGGCGAGUGUACUUAAUCGACAUGAAUGACUUUCGCGCUGUAGACAGGAUAUGGGGAGAACUGGUAAAGGCUCCUCAUCCUGUCAGUACUUGCGUGGGUGUUACUGCCCUGUCCAAGGAAGGUGCGAGGAUAGAGAUCGAGGUUAUCGCGGAGGCUUAA